AUGUCAUACGCCAAUCUGAAAAGAAAAGAGAUUGAAUUUCAAGAGGGCGAUAAUGUGUUUUUGAAGGUAUCACCUUGGAAGAAAGUGCUUCGAUUUGGGCAUAAAGGAAAAAUGAGUCCUAGGUUCAUUGAACCUUAUGAAGUUUUGAAGAAAAUUGGACCAGUGGCCUAUAAGUUAGCGUUGCCGCCAGAAAUGGAAAAGAUCCAUAAUGCCUUCCAUGUGUUCAUGCUUUGGCAGUACCGAUCUGAUCAUGCUCAUAUCAUAACUCCAUAUGAAAUUGAAGUUCAAUCCGAUUUGUCUAAUGAGGAAGAACCUGUUCAGAUUUUAGCUUUUGAAACCAAGCAGUUGCGGAAUAAGAUGAUUCUGUUAGUUAAGGUUCUGUGGAGAAAUCAUAAAGUGGAAGAAGAUACGUGGGAGCGUGAGGAAGAUAUGAGGGAACAAUAUCCCCACCUUUUUGCGCAAUGA